AUGUUCCUUUGUCUGUCACACUGUGUGUGUGUGUUUGGUGAUGGUGUGUUAGGAUGGAGGGUGGAGAAAAUGGAGGCUGUGCAGCUGGACACCGGGCAGCUGGGUGUGUUCUACACUGGAGACUCAUACAUCAUCCUGAACAAACACCGGGAGGGGGCGGAGCUACACAUGUGGAUAGGGGAGGAGUCAUCACGGGAUGAGCAGUGUGCCUGUGCCAUGUUGGCCACUCAGCUGGACCAGUUCCUUGGGGGGGACGCCAUCCAGCACAGACAGGAGCAGGGACAUGAGACAGAAGACUUCCUGAAGCUCUUCCCCAACGGAGUGAGCUACAAGAAGGGGGGUGUAGAGUCCAGGUUCAGGCGUGUGCAGGUGAUGUGUGUGCCAGUGCGAAAUCUUUAUCAGGUUAAAGGAAAGAGGAAUAUCCGUGUGAGAGAAGUGGAGAUGAACUGGAGGAGCUUCAACACUGGAGACUGUUUCAUCCUGGGACUGUGUGUGGAAGUGUGUGUAGAUAAGAAGUGUGCAGCUGAUCUGCAGUCCCGAAUGUUUAACCCUCAAUAA